UCCGUUAUGUUGGGGAAUAGGACGAAGCGCUGGCGUGGUGGUUCCACGUAUCGACUAACAACUGUGUUCACAACCUAAUACACCAUGGCAGACGAAAUUAGCUCCAAAGUGAUCAAGAAAACACAAGAUCUGCUGGGAUCAGUCAUAAAGAAGCCUCCUCUUCAUGACAAACUACUGAAGAAACCACCGUUUCGGUUCCUGCAUGACGUCAUACAUAAUGUUAUCAAAACUACAAAGUUCCUGGACGGCCUCUACACAGCCGACGAACUCAACUCAGAAAACAUCAAGGACAAAGAGGGAAAAGUUGCAUUUCUACAGAAGGCUAUUGACGCUCUCAUGAUGGUUACGGGCAGCCCUCUCUCCACGAGGCCAUCGAAGAUCGUAGCCGGUCAUGAACCAGAGAAAACCAACGAAUUCCUUCAACUGCUCGCCAAGGCAGCAGCCAAAAAGAUGGACUCCACAGAGGCAGUGAAGAGGAUUCUUGCGGGCGAAAGGCCCAGUGUUGCCAGUAAAAGCGAGAAGAAGGAUUCGAGCAAGAAGAAAGAGAAGACACCCAAGAAAGAGUCGAGCAGCAAGACGACCGAACCCAAGGGCCUAACGAACGGCGAAGCAGCGACCGAAAAGUCGUCAGACAAGGAAAAGGUGAAGUCUGCUAGGACGAACGACACGACUAAGGAAGCAUCCGCCAAGUCCAGAUCCAAGCGGUCUAGCCAAGCCGUAGCCGACGACCAAGCCACAACGUCAAACGGACACGACGCAGAGGAAGCUGGUCACGUGGCAGACCAACGUCACGCGGAAGAGUCUAUGACGCAGGGGAGAGCACCCACAGCACAAAGUUCUCGACCACGAACGAGUUCACGCAAGGUGAAAGCUAAAGAAGCAGAAGCCAACCAGGACCCACAAGAGCAUACGUCAUCAAUGCCCGAUGGACAUGACGUCGUUUCUGCUGAUGUGAAAGAAGUGACAGCAAGACCACAGAGCACAGUGAGGCCCAUGAUUGGUCGACCGCCAACAUCGCUUCUUCCGGAAGAUGAGACUGUGAAUGCGGUGCCAGAUAUAACUCUUCAAAUGAACGGCGAUGACUUGGAUUCAGAGCGACCGCCAACGAGAUCAACCCUACGGACAUCUCGUCCCCGAAGUUCCCGUCCCGCUGCACCGAGAAUUCGCAAGCGAGAAACACCGGCGGAAGAAGACGCUCCCGCCAGGACUCCAACAGCGAAGCCGGUAGAAAACCUUAUCUUAGAUAACAAGGAGACGGAGGAUAAGGAAGAAGAGGAGGAGUCCUUUGUAGUCGCCCAACCACCAGAUCUAAUUAUCAGCAAACACGAAGCAGAAGCGGACAACGAUGGCACGGAACAAGGAAGUCUAGUCCGACAACUUCUAGAGACCAAAAAAGAAUUGGAACAUGGCAGUCAUCAAUCUCCUUCCAUAUCACAACAGGAGAAGCCUUUGAACAGACAGCAGACCCGUGAGCGCAGUGCCAUGGAGAACCUUCGUCGACACAUCCAGAGCGUCAGCCGUAGCGCCCUGCCCCUGGGACGUCUCCUGGACCUCAUGUCGGAGGAUCUGGAGUCCAUGCAAACGGAACUGCGGUCGUGGAGAGAGGAGCACACCCGGUGCCUCAAGGCAUACCUUGCGGAACAGAGUCGAACAGAAUCCAUUGUGGAGCCGCUGAAACAGAACCUGGAGGAACUAGACCAAAGGAUAGCUGAACAAACAGAGGCCAUUUCGGCAACAAAGGCAAACUUGUUUAGCAACGAGGAGCGCCUGCACAGGAUUCUAGCAGCUGCAAAUCUCCUCAAAUAAGAACCAUUAAAAAGUAUUGUGC